AGAGUCUGUACACUAUUCAUCAUUGGCUCAUCCCAUAGACCUUUGUACCAAAAUUUCCAAAUCACUUAUUGCUUUAUAUGCAGUUGGUGAAGGGCAGGUUGAAUUGGCUUCUCAUUAUUUAAAAUAUAUUAAGGAAUUUCAAAAUGAUCCGCUUUUGGAUAAUGUUAAAAAAAUGAAAUUUGAAAUGCUUGCCUCCAAAAUUGAGUCCCACAUCUCAGCUGGAGAUGAUGAUGUGGAGAGCUUGAAAAUAGUAUGGAAACUCUUUACCAAGUUUUAUGAUGUUUACGUAAACGACAACAAGUAUGAUUUACAAUCAAUCAACAAUGGUGUUUCGUUAGAAAAUGCUCCAAUUACAAUAUCUCUAAUAUGUUCAGUUAGAGAAUUACUCUACAACAUGAUUUCUAAUAAGAGCCUCACUAACAACCAAAAACAUAUCAAACAUGCCAGUAUUGAACUGAUGCACCUUUACGGUAUUUAUUCCACAUUUAAAUACUUAAACUUGCAAGUCCAUGCUAUGAAAGAAAUAGUUGAGAAGGUGGAAUUAUUGUUAACCGAUUUGCCAUUAUUGCUUCCCCUUUAUUCAUUUCAUAAUUUGGCAGUUUUUGUCUACUAUAGAAUUAACCAAUUUGAUUCUGUUCGAAAGAACGUGAUUGAAAAACUCGUACAUGGAAGAAAUAUUAGGGAUGUAUUUGAGGAUGAAGAAGAACGAAUUUAUUUUGAAAAAGUUUUACUUCACAUCAAUUUGGUGAAUUCCUUCUCUUCCAGAUAUCGUAUGAUACCUAAACUCUUUCCUAGACUUGUAAGAGAACUAAAUUCAAUCGUCAAGUGGAAAUUUGACCUUCAAAUGACUUGUCUUAAACCUUGCAUCACAGAUGAAAUGCCCACCAAUAUUAUGCCCAAAGAAACAACUACAGACGAUCAAAGAUAUCAAUCGUGCUUUGAAAGGUAUAGGGCUAGCAUCAGAGAAAAUAUUGGGUCUUAUGGAUUUUAA